AUGACGUCCACCAUUAAUGAUGAUGAACUGUCCAUGUCCCUUCCCCAGGGGGACUCUACUCGAGUGCGUUCCUCACUCCCUCCUAUUGUCUCUCCACCUGCCAGGAUAGACCAGACUCUAGCCUCCGAAUCACCAGGCACUGCCCGAGCCAUGAAUCGCCUGCAUCAAUACAGCUUCGUUCGCAAUAUCGGUGAAGGCUCCUUUGGCAAGGUCAAGUUGGCCAGACACAAAGUCACCGGACAAGAGGUGGCAAUGAAGACCAUUAGUCGGCGAAAAUUGAUUAGUCGAGACAUGGCUGGUCGCAUUGAGAGAGAGAUCCAAUAUCUUCAACUGCUCCGCCACCCGCAUAUCAUAAAGCUCUACACUGUCAUCACUACUAAGACCGAUAUCUACAUGGUCUUGGAGUACGUCCCCAUGGAGUUAUUCGACUACAUUGUCAAACACGGCCGCCUGGGUGAGGCCAAGGCAAGGAAGUUGUUCCAACAGAUCAUAUGCGCAGUAGAGUACUGCCAUCGGCAUAAGAUUGUUCAUCGGGAUCUAAAGCCAGAAAAUCUUCUGCUUGAUAAGAACAUGAAUGUCAAGAUCGCCGACUUUGGUCUCAGUAAUAUCAUGACGGAUGGCAAUUUCCUCAAGACCAGUUGUGGAAGUCCAAACUAUGCUGCACCUGAAGUUAUUGGCGGAAAGUUGUAUGCUGGACCCGAAGUUGAUGUCUGGAGUUGCGGUGUCAUCCUCUAUGUUUUCCUCGUCGGCAGACUGCCUUUUGACGAUGAAUUUAUUCCUGCCUUAUUCAAGAAAAUUCAAGCGGGCACCUUUCACAUCCCUUCACAAACCCCUCCGGGAGCGGUCAACUUGAUCAAACGAUGUCUUCAAGUCCAUCCCGUCCACCGAAUCACCAUUCCAGAGAUUCGUCAAGACGAGUGGUUUGUCAAAGAUCUGCCCGCCUACCUCGUCGACCCUGUGGAGGAGUUCCUAGAUACCGGUGUCGAUCCUUCCAAAGCAAUUGAUCCUCGGCAACUUGCCCCUGGAAUGUCGCUUGAAUUUGUGGAAAAGAUACACGAGCAAGUCGUGGGUAAAUUGGGCCGGACUAUGGGGUACGCCAAGGAAGACGUUAAGGAUGCACUGAGCAAAGAUGAGCCAAGUGCUAUCAAAGACGCAUACCUGAUAGUGCGAGAAAACCAGCUGAUGGUCGAUACGCCGCAAUACCUUGCCGAGAACCCUGAGUUGGAAUCAUUUAUGGCUUCGUCACCUCCAGUCGAACCAAAUUAUCCAAACUUCCCCGGUUCACCUCUUUCGGGGCGACAGUUCGAAAGCGUGAAGCCCCUAACACCCACCAGAAGUGAUGGCCAUCGAACAAGUCGCGCACUCUCUGACACACCUAUGCCCUUGAAGGAGGUAGAGAAACCAAGGGUCUCAACCGUCCGUGCUCUCAACACCUCUCUACCACAUGUACAUGAAGAACUUAUGCAGAUACGGGAACGAGCAAAAGCGAGAGGUGAAGAUCCAGAUCUCGCCCUUCAUCCCUCACAGGAUGUAGACAAGAAAGAUUUAGAAAGCCCCAUACCCGAAGAAAUCAAAGACGAACAAGGGAAUCCAAUUUACAGGUCUCAAGAAGAGCAGGAAGCUACUUCGAGAGCUCUGAAACCCCACUCAAGGUCAGUCACGCAGCUGAAUUCUCUGCGCGAGUCCAAAGACAAACCACAAAGUUUGACUACCGCGAGCAAAGAAGAGAAGCGCACUGCCGCUGCUAAACCCAAGACCAGAAAGUGGCAAUUCGGCAUUCGGUCUCGGAACGAACCAUAUGAAGCCAUGAAAUGUCUGUAUGCAGCGCUCAGUGCCCAGGGUGCAGAUUGGGAGAUCAAUCCGUGGCUAAAACCAGAAGUAUUUGCAGAUGGUGAAGACGAGAGAGAUAAUCUUCCUGCACUGCCAGUUGACCUUGCUCCUGGCGAACGACACACAAUUCUACAGCAGAGAUAUGAUUUUGUGGGUCCUGAAUAUUACAUACCUCGCGAUGCAUAUAGCAUACGGGCGCGCGUGCUUAAAAAGGGUAUGCUGAUGCCUGGUGAGGCUCCGUCCCUUUCGGCUCAUAGUUCGGCCGUUAGUCUCCCACAGGAAGCGCAGAAUCAGCUAAAGAAGCACAUUGAACAGCUCGGGUUGUAUGCGGAGGACGAGGUGAAGACGGUUUUGGGGGUGACUCAGUUGAACGGCCACAACACUUCCAAUGGUGUACCAUCAAAGAGCAAGUCACCUCUGAGCAGUGGACACAGUAGUAGACAGAAUACCGGUACAGGCGAAUUCAUCUCCUUAGGCCAAGACGCUUUCACUGGACCUGGACAAUCACUAAGUCGACCGGACAGUCUUGCAGCAUUGAACAAGAAAAUACCAAGUGAAAACAUUGGAGUAUGGGUUUUCCUUGACAUUCAGCUCUACGCACUCGAGAGUCAAACUUUUGUGGUGGACUUCAAGUGUGAUGGCUAUCAGAACGUUAUCUGGCAUGAUCCAAAGAAGGACCAAAACAGAAACAAGACACCAAGCAGUAACAGUGCUGUUACAAGCCCUUCAACCAGCCGGCCAGCCAGUGGGUUUGGAGAGAUGAGCCAUGCGAGUUCCGACCGUUUGGAAGAUGAAGCUGCAGGAGGAUAUUGGCGACCAGUUAGCAAGAGAUACAAGAAUGUUGAGAAGGAAAUCUCAAGUCCUUACCCAUAUCUUGAUGUUGCGAGCGACUUGGUAGCACAAUUGGUGAGUCUCCCAGAAUCGAAUUAA